GACAUACAAUGGAGCUAGCCAUUCAAAAGGAAAACUGCCAACAAAGCCAAGAGGAUGAAACAUCUCCAUUCACCAAAGAAGAAAAAGUUGAUAGAAAUGACUACAACAAUGAAAAUAAAGAUGCAUGUCGCCAUCAAAAUGAAGGAUUUGGUGACUUUGAUGAUAAAGAUGGAAUUCUGUCAAAACUCAAGAAUAUCCCCAAUUACAGAGAGAAGUAUCUUAUAUCUCUAGGAAUUGUGUGGAGUUUCUUUGUUUUAGGUUGGACCAUUGGACAGUUUGGUCCAUCCUUCCUUGACCUGAGAAUAAUACCCGGUAACCAAUGCCAUUGAAGAAAGCCUCGAUCGGGCUUUAUGACUGGUCAUUCCGUGGGUUACCUUCUGGGCUCCGUUAUCAUAGGGCUAAUUUUCGACAAGGUGAAGGAGGGAACAUACUGUGUAUCUUCAUGUGUCCUAGCUCUGGCUCUGAUCGUUUUUGCCAUUCCUUGGUGCUCUGUUUAUGAACUGAUGAUUGGCAUCCAUGUGUUGAAAGGAAUGGCAGGAGGGGGAUUAGACACAACUGGCAAUGCCCUUCUCAUAGAUCUAUGGAGAGCUGAUGGGAAAUCUUUCUUACAGAGUAUCUAUUUUGCCUUUGCUAUUGGAGGAGCAAUUUCGCCUUUCGUAACUGCGCCAUUUCUGGCCCCGGAUGAAAAUAACACACUAUCCACACCAAACAUCAGUAGAAAUUAUACUGUAAGUAAUGACUCUAUUGUGAGUAAUCUUUCACGUUGGGAUUCCUCCAACUUGUUUCCGAAAGAGUCCAAAUUGUAUAUUCCCUUUUCGAUAGCAUCUUUUCUAGCACUUUCAGCCAGCAUUCCAUUAUUCGUGCUAGCUUUCAUAUCUAAAAGACCAACUCAUAUCAAAUCAGAGAGUCCGGAAAAUACACACAAUAAUGAACAGAGUGAUGACAAAAAGAUGUCUACAAAAAUGAAAGUGCUGAUAUUGAUCAUAAUCAUGCUGUUUUGGGGAUUCUAUUGUGCUAUGGAAGAUGGUUUUAAUAACUUUUUGGCAACCUUUUGUGUAAAUGAGAUUAAGUGGACUAAAUACACCGCUUCGGUCGUGACUUCUGUAUUUUGGGCAAGUUUCACAGCUGGACGAUUUUUGGGCAUUUUCCUGGCUCGCAUUUUCAAGCCUGUCAAGAUGAUUUUCAUUCUUUGCUUAUUGUUAUUCAUUGGAUUCUUAGGAUUUUUCCUUUCCGCGCGAUUCGUGUUUUUUGAAGGAAUUUGGAUUUCGACAGGAUUGAUUGGACCAGCAAUGUCUAUGAUAUUCCCCUUAGUCUUCUCUUGGGCAGAGGAAUCAAUUCUUCCAGUCACAGGAUUUAUAGCUUCAUUAUUUAUGGUAGCCGCCUCUGCCGGAUCAACAAUUAAUCCCAUUCUUUUAGGAUUUCUGAUGGACAAUUUUACCCCGAUGUGGUUUUCCUACAUCAUGUUAGGGGAGUCUUUCGUGUUGCUUGUAGUAUUUGUAUUGAUAUGGGCCAAAGGCAGCAGAAUUAAACAACGCGAGAGCACUGUUGAGAAGUUUAAAACUGAGAUCCAGUCCGAUGAUGACCAUGAUGUAGAGUCUAGAAGUAUCAUUGAAAGUGAGAUUAGUGAGCAUCUGCAAGAGAAAAAAUCUACAUCGUCGUGUAUAAACAGAAUUCAUCACGUUUAGUCCCAAAAUGUUCCGACAAACUACUUUACAAUAUUGUCUUUACAUCAAAUAUGUUACUCAUGUGGCCAAAUUUUUACCAUGUUUUUAGAGGAAUUUAUAGCAGUCUUUUAUUUACAAUAAGUGAUAUCUGUAC